AUGACAUCCCUUCUCCCCACCGGAAAGCAAAUCAACCUCCAGUUAGGAUGGCCUUCUCCGUCCCUCUUCCCAAGCGAGGCCCUCAACGCAGCUGCAACUUCUGUCCUGAGUAGCUUCGAUGCCGCCAGUUCCGCUCUGGUCUACGGCCCUAGUCGUGGCCAUGUUACUCUUCGCAGCCAAAUGGCGAAGUUCCUCGGUUCCAUGUACCACAAUGAUUCCCAGGCGAUUGAGGAGAGUCGCGUAUGCAUUGCGGGAGGCGCUUCGCAGAAUCUCUCCAAUGCCCUCCUCCGGUUCGCCGAUCCCUCGUACACCAGGCGGAUUUGGAUGGUGGAGCCAACCUACUUCCUGGCUUGUCCGGUGUUUGAGGACUGCGGCUUCAUCGGCAAGCUGAGAGGCGUGCCAGAAGAUGACGAGGGCAUCGAUCUGGACUUUCUCGCAAAGGCGUUGGCUGAAACCGAGGCUGAGUAUGCCAGUCAGGGCGAGCAAACCCGGCUCAAAACAGCAGCCAAUGGAUAUGAGAAGAUAUACAAACACAUCAUCUAUGUUGUGCCCACAUUCUCGAACCCUAGCGGUAAAACAAUGUCAUUGAAGCAUAGAUACGACCUCGUCCGUCUUGCUAUAGAGUAUGAUGCACUUGUCAUUUCGGACGACGUGUACGACUUUCUGAGCUGGCCGCACGAGAAGAAGAACUACGUGGAGGGUGCAAAGCUAGAGAUUCCCCCUACACUGGUGGACAUCAACCGAGAGCUUGACCCUAAAAGCAAAUGGGGCAAUACGAUGAGUAAUGGCUCGUUUUCCAAAAUUAUUGCUCCGGGGGCGCGAGUAUCGUGGGCAAUGGGCACCCCGGCAUUUGUUAAUUUCCUUGCAACCACUUGUGGUUUUUUCAUAAGCGGUGCUUCCAUAUCUGGAGGAAACCCGGGCCACCUCAGUUCAACGUUUGUCGAAAACAUGUUGUCCUCAGGAGCACUCCAAAAACACAUCGAGAAGAAUCUGAUACCAACUUACGCAUCUCGCUACUACGCUAUGGUUAAUGCCAUCGAGGAAUAUCUGGAACCUCUCGGCGUUAAAAUUAUAACGGGGCAGCCUUAUUACAGUCGCUUUAAAACAAGUGACGGGGGCUGCUCGGAAGCGAAGGUUCAGGUUGCCGGUGGAUUCUUCUUGUCGAUUGCCUUACCCAGCGUAUAUCAAGAUGUUCCUGGCCUUGCGAAGUCAGCUCUGGAGAAGGAUGAGUUGAAGAUUGCGUACGGAAAGAUGUUCGAGGUCAAGGGAGACGGAGGCAGCAAAGAGAGAUCGAAAGCCAGCUUUGGCAAUUCCAUCAGAUUGUGUUGGUCAUUUCAUGAAGAGGAGGCUAUCAAGGAAGGCAUAAUGCGAUUGAGAGGUGUUCUUCUAAGCUAUGGGAAGAAUAUUGCUUGA